AUGACGAAGGGACCAUCCUCGUUUGGAAAGCGUCGGAAUAAGAUGCACACAUUGUGCUGCCGCUGUGGCUCUAAGGCCUGCCACCUUCAGAGGUCGACCUGUGGUAAAUGCGGCUACCCUGCCAAGUGGGAGAGGAAGUAUAACUGGAGUACUAAAGCUGAAAGACGAAAUACCACCCGGACUGGUCCAAUGAGGCACCUAAAAAUUGUAUGCCGCAGAUUCAGGCAUGGAUUCCGUGAAGGAACAACACCUAAACCCAAGAGGGCAAUUGUUGCAGCAUUCAGUUCAUCUUAAGGAUUUCAAUUAUUAGUCACGCAAUAAAUGUUCUGGU